AUGUCCCGCGGCACCACCACACGAUCGACCAGCACGGCAACUGCAGUCCGUCGCAGCAGCCGGCUGGCGGCACGCACACCCACCACUGGCGACAAUGACAGCACCGUGGCAGCGGCGGCCGCCACGUCACCAGCGCCGGCCAGAGCGACUCGGUCCCGCCAACGACAGCAGCCACUCAGCGCUCGCCGCCGGCGGACCACGAGUAGUAGUAGAGGCCGAGUGGUGGUGAGGAAGAGGCGGAUUGAAGACGACGAUGGCAGCGACUAUGAAGCUGACAGGGAGGACAGACCACAGGCUGCCACGAGAAGAAGAAGGAGCAGCAAGCGGACAAGGCAGGACAAGGCCGAAGAAGAAGAAGAGGGCAAGGGAAAAGAGAAGGAGGAGGGCGAGGAGGUGGAGAAGGCGGCCACGUCAUCGACAACUGGCGACACGUCAUCUGCCGAGCCCGCGGCAGCGGCAGCGCCGGACUGUUCGAUCUGCUUCGACGCCAUCACGGUGCAGGGGCGCCUCAACUCGUGCGAGCACCCUUUCUGCUUCGAGUGCAUCUCCACCUGGGCCGAGAAGGCCAACGUGUGCCCCCUCUGCAAGCGCCGCUUCAACUCCAUCACCAAGACCGCCACGCCGAGCAGAAGCAAGCGCGCCGCGACAUUGAGGAAGAGAGCUCCCGAGAAGGUCCGCGUGCGCAAGCGCGACUACCGCUUCACCGAAUCAGAUGAGGAGUUCUACUACCGCGAGUUCCUGGAAGGUCAGGAGGAGGAGGGUGAUGAAGACCAGGCGGACGAAGACGCCGGCUUCAUCGCGAGCGACGACGAGUGGUGGGGCCAGGACUUCCGGCCGGGCCUCAUCUUUGAGCGCGUGCUGGCAGCGCGCGGUCGGUUCAACGCCAUCCAGAUCGACCUCGAGGAGGUCGUCAUCUCCGAUGAUGAUGAUGGUGGUGCGUACGAAGAAGACGAUGACCACAACGACGACUCCCUGCUCAGCCCCAUCGAAGACCACGACACCAAUGGCGAUGGCGACGACGACGACUUCCAACGCCAGAUCGAGGAGGCCACGCGGCUCUCGCUGCUCGACCAAGGCCCCGACCACCAGCCGCCGCAGGAAUCGGUCGCGACCCGUCGCACGCGGUCGACCACACGCGCCGCCAUGACCACCGCGCUGACCAGCCCAUCGACCACGGACGCCGCGCGCAGACGGCCGCGCGUGUCGAUCAUCGAUCUCACGGGCCUGGGCGGCCCGGCCGACAACGACGCUGACGCGGUUGGCGAUGGCGAGGGAGUAAUCGAGCGGCCGGCGAGCCAACGACGACGCGGUCGGCGCAGGAGACUCGACUUUGCCGAUGAAGGUGAGGAGGAGGAGCAAGACGGUGAGGAGGAGUUGACGGAGGCGGACGAGGAGACGCCUGGUGGUGGACAUCGGUGA